ACAUCCAUUUUUUUUAUAUGGUUUUUUUAAUCCAUCAAAUUUUUUUUCGACCAACCCUUUAAUUAACGAGACUCUCUUUACUCCCGUUUUAUUUUAAAAUUCUUUCCUUUAAUUUCUUCAUGUUUUAAUUAUUAGUUUCUUUUGAGAUUUGACCGUCAAAGAGGGAGUUAACUCCUCCAUCUUUGCCAACACUCAUGAUUUUGUAGGGUUUUCGCUUAUUGUCUCCUAAAGCUUGGUGCUUUGUCUUUUUCACUUUUAUUUUAAUUUUUAAGAAAAUAGAAAAAAAAUCUCUCUUUUUUUUUCUUUCAGGGCUGAUCUCAAUUUAUUUAUUUUUUCUAUGAAGAUUAUUGCUUGAUUUUCACGUGCCAAACUUCACUGAAUUUUGCUGACUCUGGUUUUGACAAUGUCUGUUUUUUCGGGGGAGAAGGGUGUUUUAGGAACCGCAAUUUGCAUGGCAUUUCGUAGGUUUUGAAUUGAAUUGGGGAAGGUCUUAGUUCCCCCCACUCCCCUAUUGGGUGAGAAAUGAGAAAAGGUAUUGAAUUUGCUGCAAUUUAUCAGAGUGAAAGGUAGAAGAAGAAGAAGAAGAAACUAUUUUGGGGUGCAAAAGAAGAGAUUUUUGGAAGAUGAUUGCUGAGAAACCUAGCUGGGUUAGGCAUGAGGGCAAGCAAAUUUUCUCCAUUGAUGUUCAACCUGGUGGGCUCCGGUUUGCUACUGGUGGUUGUGACCACAAGGUUCGAAUAUGGAAUAUGAACACUGUUUGCGGGGAAAUGGCUAAUGAUGAGUCUUCUCAGAGGCUUCUUGCAACCCUGCGCGAUCAUUUUGGCUCUGUUAACUGUGUUAGGUGGGCUAAACAUGGGAGGUAUGUUGCAUCAGGGUCGGAUGAUCAGGUGAUAUUGAUUCAUGAGAGAAAACCUGGUUCAGGAACCACAGAAUUUGGCAGUGGAGAGCCACCAGAUAUUGAAAACUGGAAAGUUGCAAUGACUUUGAGAGGGCACACCGCAGAUGUGGUGGAUCUUAAUUGGUCUCCUGAUGACUCUGCAUUGGCUAGUGGGAGUUUGGACAACACUAUCCAUAUAUGGAAUACGAGUAAUGGUGUCUGCACUGCAGUUCUAAGGGGCCACGCUAGUUUGGUUAAGGGGGUUGCAUGGGAUCCUAUUGGAUCUUUUAUAGCAAGUCAAUCUGAUGAUAAAACUGUCAUUAUUUGGAAAACUAGUGAUUGGAGUCUCGCUCAUAGGACAGAUGGUCACUGGGAUAAAUCACUUGGAUCUACCUUUUUCAGGCGACUUGGAUGGUCUCCCUGCGGUCAUUUUAUCACCACUACCCAUGGUUUCCAGAAGCCAAGGCAUUCUGCCCCAGUACUUGAGAGAGGGGAAUGGUCUGCGACAUUUGACUUCUUAGGACACAAUGCUCCAGUUAUUGUGGUGAAGUUUAACCAUUCAAUGUUUAGAAGGGAUUUCUCAAAUGCUCAGGAAGUGAAGUCUGUGCCUGUUGGGUGGGUCAAUGGUGCUUCCAAGACAGGAAGCAAAGAGCCACAGCCAUACAAUGUUAUUGCCAUUGGAAGUCAGGAUCGAACUAUUACUGUAUGGACUACUGCAAGUCCCCGUCCUCUUUUUGUAGCCAAGCAUUUCUUUACUCUGAGUGUUGUAGAUUUAUCUUGGAGCCCUGAUGGAUAUUCACUUUUUGCCUGUUCCUUGGAUGGAACUGUUGCUACAUUUCAUUUUGAGGUGAAAGAACUUGGUCAGAGACUUAGUGAUGCUGAGCUAGAUGAGUUGAAAAGAAAUCGCUAUGGCAACGUGAGGGGCCAUCAAGCCAACUUAGCAGAGAGUCCAGCACAGUUGUUGCUAGAAGCAGCUUCUGCCAAGCAAGCACCUAGCAAAAAAGUUGAUUCUGAUGUCCAGGAAAACCAGACAAUGGCAAAAGGUUAUGUUGAUGUGCACAUUAUUUCAAACAAUACUCAUCCUCUGGUUGAUCAUAUUCAGAAGAAUGGAGGUCUGGUUGAUGAUGCAUUAAACAAAGUUACCACCUCUGUUCGGAUUUCUAGACCUGUCAAACAAAGAGAAUAUAGACGACCUGAUGGCAGAAAAAGAAUUAUUCCAGAAGCUGUUGGAGUGCCUGUUCAGAAGGAAGACAUCUCUUGUGCGGUUCAGUCCCAAGGUCUUGAUUUCCCUCUCAUGUCUUCUGAUCACAGAAAGGAUACCAAUGGGGUUGCAUGUAAUUAUGAUAACACAAGAGCAAAUACAUUGGGUGGUGCACUUGGAAGAAAUUCAGAUUUAAAAGAACGUUCUGGGGUUACUGCUAGGGUGACAAUUUCUGAGAACCUUGUGAUUGAGAAGGUUCCAGCUUCUUCUGGCAGAGAUGGAAAUGUCAACGUUGAGCAGUUGGGAAAUUCAAUGACUACUUGUUCCUUGUCUGCUUCUUGUGCUACUCUUUCCCUUAGGGUAUUUGACAAGAGAGGCAGUGAGGAUACUUCACCUAUUUGUUUGGAAGCACGUCCAAGAGAACAUGCUGUGAAUGACAUUAUACGGGUGGGAACAACAUCCAUGAUGAGAGAAACAGAAAUUUCUUGCACACGGGGAUCUCAAAUGCUUUGGUCUGAUAGGAUAGCUGGGAAAGUCACUGCUUUAGCUGGAAAUCCAAAUUUUUGGGCAGUUGGGUGUGAAGAUGGAUGCCUGCAGAUUUACACAAAAUAUGGGAGACGAGCAAUGCCAACCAUGAUGAUGGGAUCUGCAGCAACAUUUGUGGACUGUGAUGAGUGCUGGAAAUUAUUGAUGGUAACAAGAAAUGGAUCUCUUUAUUUAUGGGAUUUAUUCAACCGAACCUGUCUCCUUCAUGACUCGUUGGCUUCUCUUGUCACUUCAAGCUCUAACUCAUCUGCUAAAGAUGCUGACACUAUUAAAGUUAUAUCUGCUAAGCUAUCAAAAUCUGGUGCUCCUCUUGUUGUUUUGGCCACUCGCCAUGCUUUCCUAUUCGACAUGAGUCUCAAGUGUUGGCUAAGGGUGGCAGAUGACUGCUUCCCUGCAUCAAAUUUUGCCAGCUCUUGGAGUUUAGGCUCAAUUCAAAGUGGUGAACUGGCUGCUUUGCAGGUUGAUGUUAGAAAAUAUUUAGCUCGGACGCCAGGUUGGAGUAGAGUGACUGAUGAUGGAGUGCAGACACGUGGUCACUUGGAGGUUCAGUUGGCCUCUUCUUUGGCUUUGGAAUCUCCUAACGAAUAUCGCCAAUGCCUAUUGUCCUAUGUACGCUUUCUUGCAAGAGAACCAGAUGAAUCUAGACUACGAGAAGUCUGUGAGAGUUUCCUUGGACCUCCACCAGGGAUGGCUGAAGAAGCAUCUUCAGAUUCAAAGAGCUUAGCAUGGGAUCCUUUUGUGCUUGGAAUGAGGAAACACAAACUCCUCGUUGAAGAUAUUCUUCCAUCCAUGGCAUCAAACAGGGAAGUCCAGAGAUUGCUUAAUGAAUUCAUGGAUCUGGUAUCUGAAUUCGGACGUUAAUCAAGACCAAAGAAAUCUAGUAUUACUCAAGACAUCUUCACUUGCAACUAGAGCCGGUAUAAAGGGUCAGCUCGAUGGACUAGGCCGAAAAAACUCGUUAAAUGGACGGGUUUGGACUCUAAAAAACAAGGUUCAAAAUUACUUAGGGCUAUUAUGGCCUAAUCCAGAUAAGUCUGAUGCUCGGUAGGACUUUAACUUGGCUAGUCCAUGCGGGCUCAGGCAGUGUGCAUGUACACAUAUUUAUUUAUUUAUUUUUGUGGACUUAUUAUGUAUAUAGACUUUUUGUCUUUGAAAUAUUUUUUAAUUGUGAAAUUAUUUAUAUUUUUGUAGAUUUAUUAUGUGUAUAGAAGUAAAAAAAAUAAUUAC